AUGUUCCUUCAGUCAUUAUUGCCACAUCCACAAAUACUCAUUCGAAUUGUAUAUGUAAUUACGUUGUCAAUAACCUUCCUAACAACAUUAGCAUUUAAAACUCCAAAUGUAUAUUACAAUAAUACAAAACUUGGACUAAAAUUACAAUCGUUGAAUGUAUGCGUUGGCGAACUCGACCCGCCUACAUUAUCCCCUGUUCAAAAACUCAUAUCCCCCGAGUUGGAGAAGGAAUUGAAACAAAAAGGAUUUUUUGUGGGUGAAACAAACUCCUGGCAAAAUUGGCAUAUUUUAACUCAAGGCCAGUGGAAGGACGUUGGGAGCCACAAACUGAGUGUAGAAUUGGCCCCCAAAUUUUACUCGCCAUACGCCAUAAGGAAGCCACUGCUCUAUUGGGGCGAGACAAGGGCUGUUGAUACGGAGUUGAAGAAUUAUGCUAGCAUCAUCGAUGUUUAUAGGGAAUAUUGGCCAGACGGAUACAAGCCUAAGGACGGAGGGGCUCACAUAGCAUACAAUCCAAGCCUAUUCAUGCCUGAAUGGGUACCAUUGAAAGAUAGAGAUGGACUUAAGUAUGCAGAUGUGAGAUUCUUUCAAGGCUGGGCGGCGCUUCCACCAAAUUCACCAGUUAAAGUAAAGUCGGCUUCUCCAAUAAUCGUUAUUCCAAAUACAGGACGUAGAUAUCAAAAGUUUUAUUUGGGCCCCUAUCCAGACACGUUUGGCUGGACAAUUGGAUCUUUAAUGAAGGCUAUGGCGGUGGCUAGGUCUCCGGGGCACGCAAUAGUGGCUAUAAAGAUCCACAACAUGAACCCAGAUACCACAAUCAACAAAGUCAGGGAAGACUUGCUCCAUAUUGGCAUGUUUGCCAAAAAUAUUGCCUUUGAGACAAUAACGCCGGGAAUGGAAUCACGUGUGAGAAGUGUCAUUAAGGGUCCGGUCAAUUUGUGCGCUGGUGCACUGGAUUGGCCUCAGAGCGUGAAACUUGCCACUCCAGAAACGCAUAUUGCCUAUAUUGAGGAGGGCGGCGAAUUAGAUAUUGAAUUCAAAAUUGAAUGGGGGAGAGGGGCGUAUGUGGGGGAUAUGCAUGGAUUGUUAAGGCAAAUGGAUGGCUGCAAUUUACCCUGCAGUGUGAGACGUAGAGUUAAGGAAGUUGAGGAUGGAUUUUAUCCCAUUGAUGCAGUGUUUGGCGGAUGCAGAAUGGUCAGGCUUGCUGUACAUAAGUUACUGGGAAAUAGGUGGUGUGCCGAAUCUCAAACAUGUCCAGACCCAAAGGAGCAACUCGUUUUCGAAGUGUGGACUGAUGAAUCAACCACGCCUCUCUCCAUUUUGGAGUUCUCCCUCGUGGAAGUAGAUUCUUGGAUGAAAGAGUUGAUCCGUCAGGUCUCUACUGAUGUGGAUUUUGACAAUGAAGACGAACAGCUCAAGGAUUCUUGGGUCAAGAUUGAUAAAUUUGGUUCGCUCAUGCGCAAGAUCCAACUGAUGGGCGGGCCAAAGAUUGAAAUGUUACAUCAGACAGGCCUAUUCAACAGUAGAAAUCCGGAGGAUUUUGGAUACUCCCAAGAUGACAUAAAGGAUAUCCAGCAAUUCCCACAGGCUCCAAUCAAUGUCCCAUUAAUUGAACCAGUCAAACCAGAUCUAGACCACGUGUCUUGGCUCUCCAGCGAAUUAAAAAAGGAGGAUUAUGCAGAGGCAGUUGAGAUUAAGAGUGAUGACUAUAUGUACAAUCCAGACACAACUGGAGCACCAGACAAUCCUGUCAAUAACUUGAUUACGUCAAUACCUCUUUCUUUUGAUGACGUUAAAGCGCUCAAUGAUUGCGGAAUUGAGACUUUUAUGGACGUCCUCAGGUUUAGGGAAUUUGAGAUCAGACUCAUACCAAAUCUGUCGGAGAAGGGCGCCCAAAUGUUACUUGAUCACUGCAAAUCACUUGACACCGGUGGCAAUGCCACAGUUGAAUAA